AGAAACAAGGUUACCUGUCUCCACAACAGGCUAGAGAAGUAUGAAAGCUCGAUGCUUAUUAUCCAGCUACAUACGGGACGACUGGGCCCACGAAACCUUCUCUUCGACAGCCACGUCCCCGAUGUAACCACGCCACGCUGCCGAUGCGGGAACGCGGAUGAAACCCCAAAUUAUAUUUUCUUCUACUGC